UGUAAAAUCCCAAAUCGAAGACGGUAAAGAUCCGCGUACGAGCACUUACCUCCGCUUCGACCAACAAAGUCGUGUUUUUUAGCACUUUGGGUCCGGGCUUCACCGACAUAAUUCCGGGCCGUCGUUCUCUCCGAUCCAAACGGAAGUUAUUCCCAAUUCCAAUUCGUGGGACAGUUACCAAUUUCUGCUUCAAAUUUCCAUUUUUUUCUCUCCCCAAGAUCGCGAUUUUUUAAUCGCAUUGAUUUGGAUUGAAAUGCGUCGAUGAUCUUUGGACGGCGAUCUCAUUUCUGGCAGCGCUGGGGCGGGUGGAGUGCCGUCGGAUGCUGCAGCCGUUGCAGCGGGUGCGGCUGCAGGUUUGGUUUGUUAGGGUUUGUUCGUGCGUCCUCGUGUGGACUUGUUUAGCUCAGCUUGUUGCCGUCGGUGAUCUCUGGCGCGGCCAUUCUCGGCUUCCGGUGGCCGUGAGGUUUUUUCUCAGUCUCGGAAAUGAUGCUGCGGUUUCAAGUUUCUCUCUUCGCGACCCGGUGCCUGCUUCUACGCCGUAUGUUCCUUUGAGAGUCUAUAAAAGCAAUGGCUUUCUCAGAAUAUCUUGCAAUGGAGGUCUAAAUCAGAUGCGUUCAGAGAUAUGUGACAUGGUUACUGUUGCCCGCUUUUUAAAUCUAACAUUAGUUGUUCCAGAGCUUGAUAAGAGAUCGUUUUGGGCAGACAAUAGCAACUUUGGAGACAUAUUUGAUGUGAGCCAUUUCAUCAAUACUUUGAGGGAUGAAGUGCAUAUAGUUAAGAGAAUUCCAAAGAGAUUCAAAGCACCAAUUAAUAUACUUGAGAUGCCUCCUGUCAGUUGGUCGAAUGAGCAUUAUUAUAUAAAGCAGAUUCUUCCACUUUUCGAUAAAUACAGUGUCAUACACUUCAAUAAGACUGAUGCACGCCUGGCAAAUAAUGGUCUUCCUCUUGAUCUUCAGAAGCUUAGGUGUCGUGUUAAUUAUCAGGCUCUGAAAUUCACUCCUCAGAUUGAAGCAUUAGGGAAUAAGUUGAUUAAAAUUCUACAAGAAAGGGGCUCUUAUGUAGCAUUACACUUGAGGUAUGAAAUGGACAUGCUAGCAUUCUCUGGAUGCACUCAUGGUUGCUCUGUUGACGAAGCAAAUGAGCUCAAGAGAUUGAGGUAUGCAUAUCCAUGGUGGAGAGAGAAAGAGAUUGAUUCUGCAGCCAAGAGAUUGCAGGGCCUAUGUCCCCUAACACCAGAGGAAACUGCACUAGUUCUGCAAGCUUUGGGAUUCAAUAAUAGCACUCAAAUCUACGUUGCGUCGGGUGAGAUAUAUGGCAGCGACCGUAGGCUUGCAGAUUUACAUGUUACAUUUCCUCGACUGUUGAGAAAGGAGAUGCUUCUGGAUCCUGAAGAUCUACACCAAUUUCAGAAUCAUUCCUCUCAAAUGGCUGCAUUGGAUUACCUGGUUUCAAUUUCUAGUGACAUUUUUAUUCCUACCUAUGAUGGAAACAUGGCCAAAGUCGUCGAAGGCCAUCGCAGGUAUCUUGGCUUCAGAAAAAGUAUUGUGUUGGACAGAAGAAAGUUGGUUGAAUUACUGGACCUGCAUGCUAAUAAAACACUCUCCUGGUCUGAAUUUAGUGUUAAUGUUCAGGAGAUCCAUAAGAACAGGGUUGGGCAGCCAAGCUGUAGAAAGGUACUGGUUAACAGACCAAAGGAGGAAGAUUACUUCUAUGCUAAUCCAUAUGAAUGCCUUGUCGAUUCAGCCGGAUGCAAUGAGCGAUUGAAUUCUUCAAACGCUCCAAGAUGAGGCCGGCAACCAAUUCAUGGCUCGCUGUCGCUCGGUUGAUAUACAGCCCAAAACUCUUACUGCAUUGGAAUCCGUUUGUGGGGGAAAUUUCAUCCCCUCUAUCAUAUUCUUUCUGUUUUUUCAGCUUAAUUUUUGUUUCUAUCAGAGUUGAAGAAGAAGGCUGUUACUGUCAAGUAUCCAUCUGGAGAUGAGGAUGGAAGAAGAAUUUGGAAGCCAUGAGGUUCAUAGUUUCAGUGGUAAUGUUACUUUCAUAAUGUAAAUUUCUUUAGAAUUUUUAGUGAUUUUCCCCUCUGGAUUGCAUGAGGGUUGCUGCAUAAACCACAAGUUAGAAAAUUUCUAUUUAUUAAUUGGGUCAUUUUGUAUUGAGCUUUAUUUCGCUCUUGUUAAUAUAUUGGGUAGCAUUCACCCGUGAAAUCAGUGUGUUGGUUGUGGAUGUUUUUCGACACUUGUAUGAGUGGAGGAGCUUCACUCGUUUUAGCUUUUGCAGACUGAAAUGCUAAUUGGGCAUUAUUUGCACUUUACAUUGUUUUUAUACAACUUUUACACAAUUUCAGUCUGUAAUAU